CGAUUCUUUCGCCACUACACCCGCGCUCCCCGCUCGCUCUCGCGCGCAUGCAAUCGAUAUCCUUAUUCCUGUCAAAUGGAUAAUCAUGGCAGCGACGGCGAUUGAUACGAUGUUGCAGAGCAAUGGCUUUCAGGCGAAAAAGAAAGAGGAUGUCGACAAUAAGGACAAUUUGUGGUCGUCUAUUCUGGCGGAAGUGCAGAACAGCGGCAACAACAAGCUACCGUCGAAUAAAAAUGUCCUUGUACUAGGUGACAAUGAGAGUGGGAAGACAACACUUAUAGCAAAAUUGCAAGGUGUGGAAGAUCCAAAGAAAGGAUCUGGAUUGGAGUUUGCCUAUAUUGAUGUUAGAGAUGAUUAUAGGGAUGAUCAUACGAGGUUGUCAGUAUGGGUUCUGGAUGGAGACCCGGGUCAUGCAAAUCUUUUGAGAUUUGCUCUGAACAAAGAGAGGUUUCCACAUACACUUGUUAUGUUAGUCGCUGCCAUGACUACACCAUGGGCUAUUCUUGAUCAGCUUCAAUCAUGGGCAGCAUUAUUAGGCGAUCAUAUUGACAAAUUACCUUUAGAUAAUGACACUAGGCAACGGUGCAGGCAGCUUAAUAUUAAAAAAUGGCAAGAUUACACAGAACCAGGAGACGAACUUGAUCCUGGAAGUCCUCUACGACGUACUAGUCGUAAUCUAGAUGACGAUACCGCCGAGGGUUUACCUCUGCCGGAAGGAGUACUUAUAACCAAUCUGGGCCUAGACAUCGUCGUGGUCAUAACGAAAACCGAUUACAUGUCUACUCUCGAGAAGGAACAGGAUUACAAAGACGAACAUUUUGACUUUAUGCAGCAAUGGAUCAGGCGGUUUUGCUUGCAAUAUGGCGCUGGUCUCUUUUACACAUCGGCGAAGGAGGAUAAGAACUGUGAUUUGCUUUAUAAGUAUCUUACGCAUAGGAUUUACUCUUUACCAUUCAGGACACCAGCUUUGGUUGUUGAAAAGGAUGCAGUACUUAUACCCGCUGGUUGGGAUAAUAUGAAGAAGAUCAGCAUUUUGCACGAAAACUUGCAGUCCAUGAAGGCGAGUGAUUAUUAUCGCGACGUCAUCGCGCAACCAGCGACAAAUCGAAAAUGUGUUGCCAGGGAAAUGGAGAUUCAGGCGGAGGAAGAGCAGGCCUUCCUCGCGAGGCAACAGGCUGCUCUGUCGGGCUUGAAGGAUCCCACUCGUUCUCCGACCACUCGGAACCAGGCAAGCACCGGGCCGGUCAUACAGGUGGCGUCACCGAACAAGAAGUUGGAUCCCAAAGGCACUGGCGCCACGCCGUCUGGAGAGGGUGUCUUAGCUAAUUUCUUUAAUUCUCUUCUCUACAAGAAGAGCGGAGUUCCACCUGGCUCACCUGGCACGCCGGCUAGUGUAGGAGCGAGUCCCAUAAAAAUUGACAGUACACCGGUGGACAAGGCCACAAUGUGUAACGACGCAGUGGCGGAACUGGAUCGUCUCACGCGGACCAAGAAGCUAUCUCCACCCAAUCUGAACUCAUCGUCUGAAUGUUAAAAGGUAGAUCGCGACCCGUUGCUACGAUAAAGGCGAGCAAAGACUCGUCGCCAUCGGACCAGAAUUCAAAAUGCGAAUGUGGAGCAUGCUGUGAAACGGUAAGGCAGGUCGCGGAGGAUUAAAAAAUUUAGCCCUAAUCAAUGAUAGUCUAACCUGAUCAAACCGAAUAAGCGAGGAAGAUCCAAAAUGAAGGGAAAAGGGAAAAAAAGAAAAAUAUAUA